AUGGUCAACUUUAUCCGCGCUGCUGGCCUCUUGGCCAUUAUCCCCCUCAUCGCUGCUGCCCCUACUGCCACCGAGGCCAAUGUCGCCGUGAGAGCUGCCGAGCAGGAAGCCGUGCCCUUCUCCUUUGAGAAGUGGGCUGAGGACAUCAUGGCCAACCCCAAUGGCCAGCACCCUUCCCCCGAGGAGGCUCUUGCCCUCGCCUUCAACCAGACAUCCACCGACGGCCUUGAGAAGCGUCAAGCUGAUGUUAGCUGUGUUUUCAACGACAAUAGUCAAGCUGCCUCGGUUGCCGACGCCGUUUGGUGCAUUGAUUUCAUUGCCGCCCGCUCCAACGUACAAUGCAAAGCAAUUGUCAGCGGCACAUCUUUUGCAGACGCGGCCAAGCUCAAAUCACUGGUGUAG